AUGUCGACGGCGACCCUGACCCUCAUCUUCCUCACCUCCCUAAUCUCCGUCUCCCUCUACACCGCCCUACGUCGGCGCAGGCGGCCCCACCCGCCGCUGCCGCCGGGGCCAAGGCCGUGGCCGAUCCUCGGGAACCUCCCGCAAAUCGGGCCAAAGCCCCACCAGUCGAUGGCGGCGCUGGCCCGAGUGUACGGCCCGAUCCUCCACCUCCGGAUGGGGUUCGUGCACGUGGUGGUGGCGGCCUCGGCCCGGGCUGCGGAGCAGUUCCUCCGGGCCCACGACGCAAACUUCUCUAGCCGGCCGCCGAACUCCGGGGCCAAGCACGUGGCCUACAAUUACCAGGACAUGGUGUUCGGGCCGUACGGGCCGCGGUGGAGGCUGAUGAGAAAGAUCUCAGCGCUACACCUGUUCUCGGGCCGGGCCCUGGACGAUUUCCGCCACGUCAGAGAGGAAGAGGUGGGGAUUCUGGUUCGAGAUCUGCUAAAUGCUGGGCCAAAACAACCCCCUGCGCGCUUGGGUCAGAUUCUAUAUGUUUGUGCCACGAAUGCACUUGCACGUGCGACACUCGGGAGGCGAGUGUUUGGUGGUGUUGAUGAGAAGUCAGAGGAGUUCAAGGGUAUGGUGGUAGAGCUCAUGGUUCUAUCAGGCGUGUUGAACAUAGGCGAUUUUAUUCCCGUGCUCGAGGGUUUCGACCUGCAGGGCGUGGUCUCCAAGAUGAAGAAGCUACACAAGAGGUUCGACACAUUUUUAAGCAAUGUGAUAGAGGAGCGCAGGGCCGAAGGCCCACAUGGAGCCGUGAAGCAACACAUGGACUUAUUGGGGGCGUUGAUCUCGAUGAAAGAUGCCGAUGACGACGGCGAGAAAGGAGGACUCACUGAGAUCGAGAUCAAAGCCCUACUUUUGAACAUGUUCGUCGCCGGGACGGACACAACGUCGAGCACGGUUGAGUGGGCUGUAGCCGAGCUCCUCCGGCACCCUGAAAUCCUCGCCCAGGCGCAACAGGAGCUCGACUCGGUCGUCGGCAAGAACCGGCUCGUGUCUGAGUCCGAUCUGAGCCAACUAACGUAUCUCCAAGCCGUCGUCAAGGAAAACUUUCGCCUCCACCCCUCCACCCCACUCUCCCUCCCGCGCAUUGCGCACAACAGUUGCGUAGUCAACGGCUACUUCAUCCCUAAGGGCUCGACCCUCUUGGUCAAUGUUUGGGCUAUAGCUCGCGACCCGGACACUUGGCCCGACCCGCUCGAGUUUAGGCCCGAGCGGUUCCUCCCUGGCGGGGAGGGAGCUGGGGUCGACGUUCGGGGGAAUGAUUUCGAGGUGAUCCCGUUUGGGUCGGGCCGAAGGAUUUGUGCGGGUGUGAGUCUUGCCAUGCGGAUGGUCCAGUUGCUGAUAGCGAGUUUGGUUCACGGGUUCGAUUUCGAGCUGGCUGGCGGGCAGUCGGCCCAGACGCUGAACAUGGAGGAGGCGUAUGGGCUGACGUUGCAGCGGGCCGAGCCCUUGAUGGUGCACGCGAGGCCCAGACUGGAGACUCAUGCAUAUGGUGGGGGGCUUGAUUCUUGA